GAAGCAUGUCGGCGAAGUUCGAAGGAUCCUUUACGUAGUAGAUAGGCCACAGGUGGUUUCAAUCCUUCCUUCCUCAAAAGAUCCAUUUUCGAAUUUUAAAUUCCCCAAAAAAUAUCUGCAUUUCUCCAGAAACCCUCAACUCUUCUCUUCGAUUUUGAAUUGAUCAUCAAAUCAAUCAAUGGCGUCUCUUCAGAUCAGUGGCUCGGCGGUUAGGUUCGAGCCGCUAGUCGGAUUGAACCGGACCGGUUAUUCCCGUCCGAUCGGGAGUCUCGGUUUCCCUCGUUUUCGCCGGAGGUUUAGUAUCGGGCGUCCGUUGUUGCUCCGUCGUUCUUCUUCUACAUUCUCCGGCGGUGGUGGUGGCUCUGGUGAGUCUGAUGGUGAUGAUAAAGGAUUUAUCGCUGAUGCUGAGAGAGAUGGUUCUGGCUCUGUUCUUGGAUUUCAGCUCAGUCCUCCUGGUGAUCAAAAAAUCUUUGGCACUAGCACUGACGAAACUACACAUCAAGGAGAGAAGAAAGAGGCUAUCGAUGAAACAGUAAUGGCUGAUUUUGGUGUACCUGGGAACAGAGCUGUUGAAGAAGGAGCUACAGAAGUUGGAGUUCCGAGUGGAAAAGCUGAAGUUGUCAAUAAUAUUGUUUUCGUAACAUCCGAGGCUGCUCCUUACUCCAAAACAGGAGGGUUAGGUGAUGUUUGUGGUUCUUUGCCUAUAGCUUUGGCUGGUCGUGGGCAUCGUGUUAUGGUUAUUUCUCCUCGGUACCUGAAUGGAACUGCUGGGGACAAGAACUAUGCCCGGGCUAAGGAUCUAGGGGUCCGUAUUACAGUAAAUUGCUUUGGAGGUUCUCAAGAAGUUUCCUUUUAUCAUGAAUAUAGAGAUGGUGUUGAUUGGGUUUUUGUUGAUCAUAAAUCCUACCAUAGACCAGGAAAUCCAUACGGAGAUAGUAAAGGAGCCUUUGGUGAUAAUCAGUUUAGGUUCACGUUACUUUGCCAUGCCGCGUGUGAAGCCCCUCUUGUGCUUCCUCUUGGAGGGUUCACUUACGGAGAGAAAUCCCUUUUCCUUGUCAAUGAUUGGCAUGCCGGACUUGUUCCCAUACUUUUGGCUGCAAAGUAUCGCCCAUACGGAGUUUAUAAGGAUGCAAGAAGCAUUCUAAUUAUACAUAACCUUGCUCAUCAGGGAGUGGAGCCAGCGGCUACUUACACCAACUUAGGAUUACCUUCGGAAUGGUAUGGCGCUGUCGGGUGGGUGUUUCCAACAUGGGCAAGAACACAUGCUCUUGACACCGGUGAAGCAGUUAAUGUUCUCAAGGGUGCCAUUGUGACCUCUGACCGUAUCAUUACUGUGAGCCAGGGCUAUGCAUGGGAAAUCACUACUGUUGAAGGUGGAUAUGGUCUGCAAGACUUGCUGUCUAGUCGGAAGAGUGUUAUAAAUGGGAUUACAAAUGGAAUCAAUAUUGAUGAGUGGAAUCCGUCCACAGACGAACACAUUCCUUUCCAUUACUCUGCUGAUGAUAUCUCCGAGAAGGUCCAGUGCAAGAUGGCACUACAAAAGGAAUUGGGUCUCCCCAUUAGGCCUGAAUGUCCUAUGAUUGGGUUUAUUGGAAGACUUGAUUAUCAGAAGGGCAUUGAUCUGAUCCAAACCGCUGGUCCUGAUCUCAUGGUGGAUGACAUUCAAUUCGUCAUGCUUGGCUCAGGUGACCCAAAAUUUGAAAGCUGGAUGAGAAGUAUGGAGGAAACGUAUAGAGACAAAUUCCGUGGUUGGGUUGGCUUCAAUGUUCCCAUCUCUCAUCGAAUCACAGCCGGAUGUGACAUUCUUCUGAUGCCGUCAAGAUUCGAGCCUUGCGGAUUAAAUCAGUUAUACGCAAUGAGAUAUGGAACUAUUCCAGUCGUUCAUGGCACUGGAGGACUUAGAGAUACGGUUGAGAACUUCAACCCUUAUGCAGACGGUGGAGCUGGUGCUGGUACAGGGUGGGUUUUCACUCCCUUGUCAAAAGACAGUAUGGUGUCGGCCUUGAGGUUGGCUGCAGCAACGUACAGAGAGUAUAGAGAGUCAUGGGAAGGAUUAAUGAGAAGAGGAAUGACCCAAAACUAUUCUUGGGAAAACGCUGCCGUUCAGUAUGAGCAAGUUUUCCAAUGGGUUUUCAUGGACCCUCCCUACGUCAGCUAGACUCCUACACAAAUCGAACCACACCGAGUUAGACCGGAUCAGACCAGACCAGACUUGACCUGACCAAUCAGAUGGAAUAUAGGGCUAUUGUGGAACCUCCUAUUCCGGUUAUUGAAGAUCUAUGUAUGGUUUUCAACGUUUCCACAAUAAAGCGUGUGUAUCUCUAUGUUAUUAUCUUUAUAACUCGUUUUGUUUUGGGGAGGUAUAGAAAUGUUAGUUAUGAGGCUAUAUAAUAUGUUUCUUCUGUUGGUUACGA